UGGGAUCUGCUGGCAACGAGCUAACACAACAGAAAGUAAUCACACUACACUAUGUAUCACCUGAGGGUGCCUGUGCUUCUCCUCAUGCUGCUUGUAUUGCUGCGCUGUGUCACAGCUGUCCCAAGUUACAGGUACUUCAGUCCGAGCCCAUCCAGCGAGCAGGAGAGUGCUCUCCCAGACAGUGACGGCUGGUUAGCUCCUGGGCUAAUCUCCAACCCAUUCCUCGGCCUCAUGGGUACACGGCCGCAGAGGGGGCUCACAGCUAUGAACAGUCACCACAUAGAGAAGAGGAAGUGCAACACAGCCACCUGCGUCACCCAAAGGCUAGCAGACUUCCUGGUCCGCUCCAGUAACACUAUCGGUACCGUCUACGCACCAACCAACGUGGGAUCUGCCACCUACGGCAAGAGGGACAUACUGCAGCCUCCCAGCUACCUGCCUCUCUAGUACUGAUUGAGGAAGCUCCACCAGCACUCCCAGUGCUCUGAUGAUAUAACCAGACAUCUUACGUAACAAUGAUUGUGAGAAGGGCGUAGAGAACGAUGAACAGAGUUUUCUUGUUUAUUUUAUAAACUUUAAGGAACAGUGCCUUUAAUUUAAACCAUCAAAGUCAAGAUAUGUUUUUAUCCCCCCUUCGCUUUGUAUGUGUUGUGGCUCUGUUAAUGCUGUUCCACAAUGGCAUGAUGUGACUAUAAAAACACAUAAAAUUAUAAAACAAUAAAUAAAAGAAAACAGAU